AUGCUGUUAGAGGCGCCGCAGUUGUUGCGUCUUCCAGCAGCGCCAUUGACUUCUUCUGCUGCUGUUGCUGCAACGACACCGGCACAGGCCGAGAUGCAGCAGCAGCCGGCAGCAGCACCGUUGCCCCUGCCGCCCGCAGAGUGGACACGGGGAAUGGCAACCGCAACGGCGGCCACGCCGACUAGGCACAUCUCCGCACAUGCGGACGUGCAGCAACUUCGCCGCUCCAUCGCAGUACAGACGAAAAGAGAGGGGGAAACGCGAGGAACAUCACCACCGCCACCGACACAACGCGUCGACAGAGGAAUCAAUACGGAGUUUACCGGCGGCGAGUGGGAGGGACAGCAGCAGACUUUGUGCCAGCAGACAAGGCUUUUGCAGGAGCAGGCGCAGCGUGUAGAGGCCCUCACUGCACAGAGAACGGCGAUGGAGGACGCACUCGCUGCGGUGCACGAGAAGCUGCAGCAACAGCAGCACGACACACAGACGGCCAUCACGCUGCACAUAACGACAUGUCGCAACAGCAGCUUCAGCGAGUUGGGGCAGACGGAGGAGGUGUGUAGGCGCCAGCUGCAAGCCCAUGAAUCCGAUGCGCGGUCGAUGCUCAGUGCGCUUCAGCAGUCGUGUGCCCGUGCGGUGGUGGCGGCGCAGAAGACCUGCGACAAAGAGGCACAGUUGCUGCAUGGCACACAGGCGCUUCACCAGCUACAGGAGUGUGUCCGGCGCCACUUUCUCCUUGACGAGGCGCGUCGCCGCGGUGAUGUGCGCGAGGAGGAGCAGCGCUAUAGACUCGUCCUCUGGCGUCUCUUUGUUGUCGCAGAGGAGGGCAAGCGUCAGUCGUUGUGCGCUGCUGCUGUUGUUGCGCAAGCAGAAGAGGCGAAAGACGCGGCGCUUGCUGCACAGCAUUCAGCGGAGCAGCAGCUACGCGAAGCACUGCAGCGUGAAAAGGAGUUGCGGCUGCAGUACCUGCAUGUGCUGCGCCUUCCCACUACUACAGUGGUAUCGAUCAACCCAAAGGCCGACGGUACUGCUGUCGAUGCCGUUAAUAACAGAGAUGAUGACAUGCCUGUUCACGUGCGAUUUGCACGUGCACACAGAGAGGCGGUUGAUGCUAUGAAUGCGCAACGUAUUCAUGUGCUGGGGCGCACACGUAUCUUUUAA